AUGCUGUUAAUUUGGUGGUUGGAGAAGCAAUCGGCAACUAUAAGGUCACGAGUCGACUUGGAGCAGGUAAUAAAAACAACUCUUUUUAAUUAUUUUCACAUUCCCCCUUCAUUUCUAGGUGGGUGUGGUGUUGUCUAUCGAGUAGUCUCAAAAGAAGGAAAGGAUUAUGCAAUGAAAGUCGAACGUACCAACAUAGACAGAUCUGAUCAGCUUCUCCCUCUCGAGGCACACAUCCUCAAACGCUUGCAGUUUUCUCCUUACGCUGCCCAAUUUCAACAAUAUGGGAGUUGUCAAACAAAGGAAGGCGGAUUUCGUGUCCUCAUAAUGGGACUUCUAGGCCCUUCAUUGAACGAAUUACAAAAGCAACAACUCAACGGACGAUUCUCAAUCGGCACGAUCCUGAAGAUUGGAAUACAGGCAGUCCGGGCUGUUGCUUUUAUGCAUUCCACAUAUUUUGUGCACCGCGAUAUAAAGCCAAGCAAUUUUGCAAUUGAUGAAGUUAACCACAAACGGUUGUAUCUCUUUGACUUUGGACUUGCAAGAUCAAUAAAAACUCGAGGAGAAAUGAGUUUACGCAGGCCUAGACCAGACGUUCCUUUUCGGGGUACCCCAGCUUAUUGUAGCCUAAACGCGCAUAAAAGAAAUGAGCACGGGAGACACGAUGAUUUAUGGUCGAUUCUCUAUAUGUUGGUGGAAUUAGCUAUAGCGCGCCUUCCAUGGCAGGGCAAGACUCGAAUUCUAACAAAGAUACUUAAAGAACAAUUAAUGGAUUCUCAUUAUAUGUUUGGAUGCCCAAUCGCGUUUUCAACAAUUUUGAUUUAUUUACGCUCGUUGGAUUACUAUAGACGGCCUGAUUAUGUUGGAAUUGAGCACGCAUUUUUUGAAAUGCUGAGAGCACGCAGAUUAAAUUGGGGUAUUCAAAUGGAUUGGGAGAAUCAACGACCUAAACAAUAUAUGGGAGUCAGCGUACCUAAUACCUCAAAUAGCAGCAAUAGAUAAAGAAGACGUAGAUAAAAUUAAUGUGAUAAUUGUUCUGUUUGAUUACAUAAAUUAAUUUGUUGUUUAAAAAUAAAUAAGUUGUUGUUGAUAAUUUGUUAAGAAUAAAAGAUUUUUUAUUUGUUUGAUGAAAAAAGUCCGAACCGAACCCAAAGAAGGAAUUAUUGAAAAAUCUAAGGUCCAGAUU